AUGCAUCACAUGGGAUUUUGUGAGGGUGUGAUUGGACGUUUUAGAGGAAAAUCUGUUUCUUUUAAUGGUCCUUUGAAAACUCAAUUAUCUUCAAAUUCAAAUCAAUCUGAAGGUUUAUUACCUGGUAGUUCUCAAAGACAAUUGCAGCAAAACUCUUAUCUUCGUCCGUCCGAUGUUGGUCAAAAUGUUCAAACCAGAUCUCGUUCAUCUUCUAUGUCUUCGGUGGAUAUUAUUAGUGAACCAUCUUCACCAUCAAUUGCACCAACAAUUAGUAUAACAUAUUCUAAUGAUGAUGAUCAAAACUAUGAAAGGAAUGGUUCUUUUAAUAGCCAUGACAAUAAUUUUUCAAAAUCUAUCGUGAAAAAUAUAGAUAUAUCUCGCGCUCCACAAUCUGAUUUAAACAAUCCUUCUCAAAUACAAAAUAAGUUGGUCUCUUUAGAAUCGCCAGCAGUUAAAAUUAGUCAGCAUCAUAUGAAUGGUUCCAGAGGAUAUUCUACCAAUCCUUCUGCUAGACAAUUUAAUUCUGAUUCUCCUUUAUCUUCACCGAAAAUUAUUCCUUCUGACUCUUCCUCUAGGCAAUUUUCUUCCCCCACUCCUCCUCUAUCUUCCCCUAAAAUUAUUCCUUCUAAGCAAUUAUCCUCUCCUACUCCCCCACAAUCUUCACCAAAUGUUAGUCCUCCUAAUCCUUCCUAUAGGCAAACUCCUUCUCCCACUCUUCCUCUAUCUUCAUCACGGAUUGCUCCCUCUAAUCCUUCUACUAGACAAGUUUCUUCUCCCACUCCUCCUCCAUCUUCACCACGGAUUGCUCCCUCUAAUCCUUCUACUAGACAAGUUUCUUCUCCCACUCCUCCUCCAUCUUCACCACGGAUUGCUCCCUCUAAUCCUUCUACUAGACAAGUUUCUUCUCCCACUCCUCCGCCAUCUUCACCGAGGGCUGUUCCCUCUAAUCCUUCUGCUAGACAAUUUAAUUCCAAUUCUCCUUUAUCUUCACCGAAAGUUAUUCCUUCUAAUUCUUCUGCUAGACAAUUUAAUUAUAAUUCUCCUUUAUCUUCCCCAAAAGUUGUUCCUUCUAAUUCUUCAACCAGACAAUUCUCUACACCCACUUCUCCAUUAUCUUCGCCAAAAGUUGUUCCUUCUAGUCCUUCUGCUAGACAAUUCUCUUCACCUACUCCCCCAUUAUCUUCUCCAAAAGUCGUACCUCAAAUUUUAGUUGAUGAUGGUGAAUCGGAAGGUCGUCAUAAACGACACCCCUUAAAAAAAAAUUAUGCCCCAAAAGAUGAUUUCGAUAAUGAUAGUCUUUAUCAUAGCAAUAACAGCUCGUCAAUUGAUAUCACAAGGCCUAUGGCCCCUUUCAUGUAUGAAAAUGGUAAUGAUAGCGGUACAAAUGAUAGUGAAGAUAUGAGUUCAGACGAAGAUGAGUUAGAUUCAAAAUCAUUAAAAAACAUGGAUCAUAAAGGAAAGACUGAUAAUAUUAGGAAAGAAAAGGUUCUUGCUGUUGAUAAUUAUGGUUUUGUCCAUAAUGUUGCCGAAUCUGAAAUUCCUAAAGGUGCUAAUGGGAUACAAAGAAUUGUCCAAGUGCCAGGAGUUGAAGAAAAGACUGCACGCUCCAUUCGUUUAUAUCGUGACCGUGAAGCGAAAUGGGUUUCCUUCCUCGGAAGCAUGGAUCCUUCAAUGGCAAGGGAUUCGAGAAAGAUCAAGAAGUUAGUUCGUCUCGGUAUCCCAGAGUCCGUACGUGGUAAAGCUUGGCAAUUUAUGGCUGGAGUCCACAAAUAUUAUAAAAAGGGUGUUUUUGAUAAAUUACGAAAUAAAGAAAAAUUGCCAAUAUAUGAUGAUAUCGAGAAAGACAUUGACAGAUGUUACCCUGAUCAUAUUCACUUCCGUGAAAAAGGAUUUGGACAAGAAGAUCUCUUUAAUAUAUUGAAAGCAUACGCACAUUAUGAUACUGUAGUAGGGUAUUGUCAGGGUAUGGGACGUCUAGUUGGAAUGAUGCUGAUGCAAAUGCCUGCCGAAGAUACAUUUUGGCUUCUUGUUGCUACGAUAGAAGAGUAUAUGAGUGGUUACUUUGCUCCAGAUUUACCGCAAAUUAAAGUAGAUUCUCGCAUAUUUGAUUUGCUAUUAUUAGAACAUGAUGCCAAGUUGGCGCAACAUUUUAAAAAUGAGUCUGUUGAUCCAAUACUUUAUAUUCCGAAGUGGUUUUUGACAAUAUUUACUAUGGUCUUACCAUGGGCAUCAGUUCUUCGAGUAUGGGACGUAUUUUAUUUUGAAGCGAUUCUGGAUUGUACACGAGAUUAUAUAUUAAGCCAUUGUCCGUCAACUUCAGAUAUUCUAGAAUUUUUGGGUUCAAUUCCACACGAACUAUUAACUCCUGACUUACUUUUAGAUGCUGCUUUCAAGAUUAAACUGAAGCGCAGUACAAUAAAAAGACUGAAUAAGAAAGCAACAGAAAAGAAUAGUGGUGAAUCAGAUAAGAAAUUAAAAAUUGAUGGGAUUGAGUUUAAAUUAAUUGGUGACAAUGUAAAUAAUUAA